UUUUAUCUUUUGAGAAAUCAACACGAAUAUUUUACUAAUUUUACUAUCUCUUGAGAAAAGUAAAUUUAUCUUAAAUGUAUUUGUUUUGUUUAAAAAUCAUAAAAGCCUGGACUGCACCAGCUUUCUUUUUUCCACCACUUUCUCCAAGAAACGCAAAAGUUGAAAAAUACCAGCUCAUAUUCACUUAUGACUCAUGAGUAACUUCUUCCUUAUAAAUUCAGAUUGUUUACAACUUCCUUGAGUUUCACUUCGGAACACAAGCACGCAAUCUCAUAAGUAUAUAUGUCACUUUUAAACAUAUAGAGGGAUAUAAUGAGAAUCAGCUGCAACGGGUGUAGGGUCCUACGCAAAGGUUGCAACAAGGAUUGCACCAUAAGACCAUGUCUUCAAUGGAUCAAAUCCGCAGACUCCCAAGCUAAUGCUACACUCUUCCUCGCCAAGUUCUACGGUCGAGCCGGUCUUCUUAACCUCAUCGAAUCCGGUCCUGAUCACCUUCGUCCCGCAAUAUUUAGGUCACUUCUGUACGAGGCGUGUGGUCGGAUCGUGAAUCCUGUGGAUGGUUCGGUGGGUUUGAUGUGGUCAGGGAACUGGGCCCAAUGUCAGGCAGCCGUUGACGCGGUGCUCAACGGCUUACCCAUAACUCACACACCUCUUCCAAGUGCAUCUGCGUCUCAUCAGAUCAUUCCUCCUCACAGGACUUAUGACAUACGCCACGUGGCUAAAGAUCCAACAACCGGCGGCGACAGUUCGGAGAGUCUGGCCACACGUGUUAACGCUAACAAGGGCAAGACACAAACUGGCCGAUUCAAACGCCAUGCUGAGUCCGUGAACCAACAAGGCGAAUGUAGUCAUGACACAUGGCAACUCCCAAGUUCUGGUGCUACGCAUGGCUAUGGUCACUUCACGUUGGAGACUGUGGAGAGUCGAAGGGAAGCUCCACUUGAUCAAAGUUCUUCGAAUCUUGGGUUUGAUGAUCAAGUCGAUAUCAACGAGGUUGGCUUAGAGCUCAGACUUGGUUAGAAGCUUUGCCAGCGACAAAAAUAGAUAGCAUUAUUAUCAUAAUUAUGUCCUUUAAAUUAAUAAUUUCACUUUCUAUAUAAAAGGAGAAAAAAAAGAGAGGAAGAGCAAAUCAAACUUGGUCUAUUAUUAGCUUAAAAGUGUAUAAGAUUUGGCUUUAAUUAAUGUGAAUCAUAAGGUUAUGGUAUAUUUGAUAUAA